GUCAUAUUUGUAAUUGAUUACCGGGGCGGGCACGUGGAUGUCAAAGUCUGGCCGUAGCGGAUACCCUGUCCCUCAGUGGCCGGUUGAUGCUGCCGCUGUCGCCGCUCCUGUCGCCGCUUCUGCCGCUCCUGACGCGGACCCUGGCUCGUCUCGUCCCCCCGAUGUGAACCUCCACCUCCGCGCAGUCUGCCGCUGAUCGCCGCCGCUGCCACCGCUCGCCAUGUCGCGCAGAAAACAAGGCAAACCGCAGCACUUGAGCAAGAGGGACUUCUCCCCCGCAGAGCCAGUGUCCGGAGCUGUGGUUCCCGCUGAAGAGCUGCUGGACUCUGGGUUGAGUGGUCACCCUCCUCUAGGCUCUGUCCUGUCCCGCCUGGAGCCACCACCGACCCGCCCCGACCUGCUGAGCCGCCCCGACCUGCCGACCCGCCCCGACCUGCCGACCCGUCUCGACGUCCCCUCACCUGAACAGGACCUGCUCACCUGUGGACAGUGCCAGGCUACAUUCCCAUUGGCCGACAUAAUCCUCUUCAUCGACCAUAAAAGGAAGCGAUGCCGUGGUCCUUCCUGCCUAACCAUGGGUGGGCGGGGCCUGGACAAACCGCCGUCGCCGUCCCCUGCCCUGGCGCUCACCCCCUCGCCCGCGGUGCUGAGGGGGCGGCGGCCUGUGGAGGUGGGGGUCCAAGCCUCUCUCGCCGAAGGACACGAAGACAAGAUGGUGUCUCCCAGGGGAAUCUGCCCCAAACUGGAGCCGAUUCCAGGUAACUCCUCUCAUUCUGUCCUGUAUGUGCUGGUGUAUAACAUAAAACUCCUGGUGCAUUGUGGGGGAUGUAGGAAGACGGGGAAGGAGGAGCCGACCACCUACACCUGCACCACCUGUAAAGAGGCAUAUGGGAGUGCAUGGUUUCUCCUGCAGCACGCCCAGCACAGCCACGGAUUCCGGAUCUACCUGGACUCGGAAUUGGGCAGCCCUCUCACACCGCGCAUGGGGGGUCCCUCUUCUCUGGGCGGAGGAGCAGACUGUCCCUCCCAACCACCCCUCCAUGGCCUCCACCUGCCUCCAGACGCUAGCCCCUUCAACCUGCUCCGGAUCCCAGGCUCAGGCUCCGGGGGUAGGGACAGUGUCGGGACAGUUGGAGGCGGUAGCGUUGGCGCAGCGACAGGAGGGCAUCAUCAGCGAUUCCCUCCCACUCCUCCGCUCUUCAGCCCGCCUCCCAGAAACCACCUGGAGCCGCACCACCUGAGCCCAGAGGAGCUAGCUUUGGCUGCCCACCAUCCGAGUGCCUUCGAUCGGGUGCUGCGUCUCAAUCCUCCUAUGUCCCUAGACCCUCCCCCCUCCAUGGACUUUUCCAGACGGCUACGCGAGCUAGCAGGCAACAGCUCCGGGCCCUCUCCUCCGCUGUCCCCAAGCCGCCCCAGUCCAAUGCAGCGUCUACUCCAGCCUUUCCAAACAGGAGGUAACGGUGGAAACGUAACCGGAGCUAGCAAACCACCCUAUCUCGCAACACCACCACCUAUCCCAAACUCCAUGCAGUCUCCGGUGGGAUCGCAAACCACUCCAACCACGCCCGUACCAUCCUCUGGAGCUAGUAACUCUACUGGCACAAACAUGAAAACGAAAUGUUGUGAAUUCUGUGGAAAGUCGUUCAAAUUCCAAAGCAAUCUCAUUGUGCAUCGUCGAAGCCAUACGGGAGAGAAGCCGUACAAGUGCCACCUGUGUGACCACGCCUGUACACAAGCGAGCAAACUGAAACGCCACAUGAAGACGCACCUGCACAAGUCCUUGUCAUCUCCCAACACCGCCAAAUCUGAAGAUGGGUUGUCCACCGCAUCCUCACCAGAACCGGGGACCAGCGAACACAUGGCCAGCAACGCCCUAAAGUCCGUGGUGGCAAAACUGAAAAGCGAAAACGGACGGCUGCUUCGGGAAAAUGGAGAGGAGGAGGAGGAUGAAGAGGAGGAGGAAGAAGAGGAGGAGGAGGAAGAGGAGGAGGAGGAAGAAGAGGAGGAGGAAAUGGAGGUGACGCAAAAUGGUGACCGCUUGGAGAGACGCAACAACAGCUUCCACUUUAGCUUGAACCUCGACGGGAGGCCUCACGAGAAUAACGGGAGCGUUGGAAAUCGUUUGGAAGAGUCCGCUAUUCCACGGUCAUUGCCGGAAGUGAUGCAAGGGAUGGGGUUAGCUGCUAGCAUGCAGCACUUCAGCGAAGCUUUGAGUGCACACAAACGGAAUGCGCUCGCCCAAGAAAACCACUUAAACCACCAUCAUCUGAACCGUGACCAUCACCACCUCCUACAGAGAGACUUGUGCGAGGCCGAAUCUAUUUUGGAAAAUGAGCGUGGAGAUGAGAUGACAACGGUCAAUGGGCGAGGAGCAUCCCCAAAUGAGUCUGCUUCAGUUGGAAUCUCCAAGAAGCUGCUUUUGGGAAGUCCUAGCCCGCUCAGCCCCUUUUCCAAGCGCAUCAAACUGGAGAAAGAGUUCGACAUUCCCACUCCUACAAUUCCAAACACUGAAAACGUGUACUCACAGUGGCUGGCUGGAUAUGCUGCUUCACGACAACUCAAGGACCCUUUUCUAAACUUCGGGGACUCUAGACAAUCGCCAUUCGCUUCUUCGUCAGAGCAUUCAUCUGAAAAUGGCAGCCUGCGUUUCUCCACACCCCCGGGCGAGCUGGACGGAGGCUUGUCCGGCCGAAGUGGAACCGGAAGCGGCGGGAGCACGCCGCAUUUAGGGGGUCCCGGCAGGCCCAGCUCCAAGGAUGGGCGACGGAGCGAUACUUGUGAGUACUGUGGCAAAGUAUUCAAGAACUGCAGUAAUCUGACAGUACACCGCCGCAGCCACACGGGUGAGCGGCCGUACAAAUGUGAGCUGUGUAACUAUGCCUGCGCCCAGAGCUCCAAACUGACGCGACACAUGAAGACGCAUGGACAGGUGGGCAAGGACGUGUACAAGUGCGAAAUAUGCCAGAUGCCCUUCAGCGUCUACAGCACCUUGGAGAAACACAUGAAAAAGUGGCACAGCGAUCGGCCGCUCAGUACCGAGAUUAAGUCGGAAUAA